AUGGACGAUAAGCGUGAAAAGGGGAAAGACAAGGAUGGCUCUGCUUCCACUCCACCCAAUCGCCGCAAGGCCGGGCUUAAAUUUUCGCCCAAGGUGCCUACUAAGAAAACCCCAAACAUUGUCCCUAAGAUGGAACCGGAAGAGGAGAGCGAGCUUGACGCAAUUGAUAAGGAUCUGUUGAGGAAACUUAGAACACCACAGAGUAAAGGUGCCCUCGAAAGAAGAUUCAAGGCUGAGAAAAAUGAAGCCUGUGUUCAGGUUACAUUUGGACAAGUGAACUCUUCAACUGCAAGAUCCUUCCCCGCCCCUAAAAGUUCUUCAUCAGUUAAACAAGAGCAGGAGGUAAACCUUUUUAGCAAGUAUAUGAUGUCUGGCGUUACGACUUCUGCUGCAAAGUUACCCAAACAGUUCACUGGACCUCAGGACUUUACCCAUCCCAACUACAACUAUCCUCCUAUUAAUCUGCCUCUAAGGAGGCCCAACUCUGCAGAUCCAGAAUUUUUUGAUGAAGACGUGUUCGGAGAGUUCUCUUCCAGCAGAACACAAGAUGGUGAAUUAACUGCAGCUCAGGAGCUUGGGCUAAUGGUAUGUAUAUCAUGUUGCAUGAUAUCAUGUCGAGGAACACCGUUCUUGUUCAGGUAUUCAUAUCGAUGCAAAAGAACACACCACAUGUUGAUGGAACUGUCUUUUCGUGGGAAUGUCGAUGGAACUGACACUGAGGACAAGAUGAAUACACCACAGUUGCUCUUCUUCCAGUUCCCUGCAUCUCUUCCUUUACUGCAGGUUGUAUCAGUUGCUGUAGCAGAUAUGGACACCAGUGACAGUGAGGGUGUUGAAACAGAAGAACCCAAUAAGAAGAGGAGACUCGAGUCGAUCGACGGCUGUAAGCUAAAAGAUUUGCCAGGCGGUUUCAUGGGGAAGCUGCUCGUGUACAAGAGUGGUAAAGUGAAGAUGAGGCUUGGAGAUGCACUCUUUGAUGUUUCAGCUGGUUUGGACUGCACAUUUGCUCAGGAGGCUGUAGCAAUCAACACAAACAAGAAGCACUGCUGCAGCCUGGGGGAGGUGAACAAGCGUGCGAUCGUUACCCCUGAUAUCGACUACUUGGUAGAUUCCAUCAAGAGGAUUGGAUAG